AUGAUGUCAGACACUAAACUAGCAGUUUCAAAUUUUGCGGACAUGUUUGUAGACAUGAGGGAAAAAAUAACGGACGAGAAGUUAAAGAGAGGUGAUGAGGAAGAAACGUUCAAAACAUCAUUUGAGGAAACAAGAAAAAACCUGACAAGUGACAUCGAGGCUGAAAAAGAGAAACUUUUUCAACUCCAAGGAAAACUCGAACAACCUCCGAUCGCUUUCUACGCACAUCUCUUAAAAGGCAUGCUUCUUGAUACAUCGAAUGAGGUACUCAAAUUCGAGAAGACAUUCACAAACGAGGGUUCAGGCUACGACACGUCCACGGGCUUGUUCACGGCACCUGUUGGAGGACUGUACCAGUUUUCUGUUCAUACAUGUGCUCGUCAAGAUAAUUUUGCAUAUCUUGGCCUGGUGUUGGAAGAUAACGUUAUUGCAUCAGAUUCUAACUAUGGUGAUAAGUCUCAUGGCUGCAAUACAUUUGGAGCAAUAAUAAGAGUUAGAUCAGGAGAAAAAGUUUGGGUCAAAUCCACAUCGUCAGCUUCUAACCGCCAGCUAUAUCACGACUUUUAUAGGAUGAACACAUUUAGUGGAGUUCUUGUCAGUUACUGA